AUGCCGCACAUUGUGGAUCGUAUGGUUGCCCCGGACUGUUUGCCGGAAGCCAUGAUGGCACGGAGCGGAGGCCACGUGGAGGUGGCCAGUGUAGGUGCCAAUUGGAAUGUUGCUGCGCGAUCUUACUUGAGAGACCCCUCUGAUGAGGCGGCGAGGGCGAUUGCGCGGGAUGUUUUUGAUGGACCUGUCGAGGAUGAUGCUCUGGUUGUGGUGAUUGACACCCUGAAGAUUUAUAAUCCUGAGAAGGGUGGUAAGGGUAAGCAGGAUCAGCGCUGGCAUGUGGGCUCUCACGCGGCUAAUCUCAAUGGAUGCGUGAGCGACGAUCGCAUUGUGCGUGUUAUGCGUGAUGUCAUUGCUUUCGUUCGUGAAUGCCCUGGCCGAAGCGUUUUUAUCUUGUCCCUUUGCAAUCAGAGUCGUCACAGGUCCGUCGCAGUGGCAGAGCACAUCGGUUAUAACCUGAAUUGCAGCGUGACACAUACCGGGCAGUACAACGGUUCGUGGUCUGCGAUGAAUGGACCUUGCCGUGGAUGGUGUAACAUGUGCCGCCACAUUGGUGAUGAGGUCAGAGCGGAGGCUCAGGGUAUCUACAGCUCCGUAGCAGAUCGUAUCAGUUCCAUUUCCGGCGAAGCUCCGGAGUGGUUUUGGAUCCAUGGCGACGUGAAGACGAAGGCCAUGCCGAGAGAGCCGGCGAAUCCGCCACCGAGGGCUGUUCCUGGUGUUCUUGCUGCGAAGGCUAUCGCCCCAUCUGUCCCUGCCAUUGCGAAGUCAUCUGCUGAGACAGGCAGAGGCAUCUUCAUCGUCGAAUGCCAGGUUGGAAGAUCAGGUGCAGAGCUUGACGCGGAAGGUAUAGGCGUGACAGCAGAUCGCGUUCGAGGGUGCCAGAGCCAAAGACGCCACCCAGAAGAUCACGAAGUCGAUCCCCUCAUGAUGCACGUGGCCGUGGGUCGAGGGAUGCCACCGAUGGACGUGGUCGUGGGUCAAGUUCCGAUGCGAGAGGGAGCGCCGAUGCACGAGGCCGAUCAGAGGAGGCAUGGAGACAGCUCCCGGUUUAUCGCAGAGGCGACGAUUCCAGUUGGCGUGAUAGGGUGA